AUGGCUCCCGGUAGGCCCAGAGCCCCUACCAUCACCAUCGACACCACCGCCGUCAGUCCCACGCCCCAGCCCGACGACGCGGAUAAUGAUGCCGCUGCUGCCCAGCAUGGCAAUGGCCACUCGCCAAUUUCUCCCUCCGACACCCACAGCCCCUCCACAGUCGUCGAUCCGGCAGCACAGAGCUGGACGACCCAGAGAAUCACCGUGGAGACUUCCGAAAGCCGCAGCGUGCGCACUCAGAUAGAUACGGAGCCAUCCUUCGAGAGCAGAGAGAGCCGGCCUACCAGCCCUCACAAUGUCUCCAGCCCCAUCUCCCGCUCAAAGGACCAGUCUCAGAACUUCCUGGCCGUCCCCAACCAUGGCGGCCCCCGUUCCAGGCAAAACAGCGUCGACUCCGCUGACGAUUCCCGCCCGAGGUCCUCUACUCAGAUCGACACCAGCACCACCCUCUUCCAGAGCGAGCAGGGAGACGCCAAGGGCAAGGUCUCCAUGGAACUCGACCACGCCCACGUCAUGAACGACCCCGAUGCUCUCAAGCCCGACCAAGGAAAGGAAGAGGAGUUCGAUGUGGACAACAACCCUUUUGCUUUUAGCCCCGGCCAGCUGGGCAAGAUGUUCAACCCGAAGAGUCUCUCAGCUUUUUACCGAUUGGGAGGACUUGCAGGAAUGGAGAAGGGCCUGCGUUCAGACCGGACAGCUGGACUUGGAAUCGACGAGAAGCACUUGGACGGCAGGGUAACUUUCGAAGACGCGACCGGCGCCGACAAGCUCAAGACCGAGGGCGCAGAACCAACACCUCAGCCCCAGGCCACCGGCGCUCAACACGACUCUCACGAUCAGGAUCAAACCUUCAGCGACAGGAAACGUGUUUUCAAGGACAACAGGCUUCCCGAGAAGAAGGGAAAGAGUCUGCUGCAGCUGAUAUGGAUUACCUACAACGACAAGGUACUGAUUCUGUUGUCUAUUGCCGCUGUGGUAUCUCUGGCCAUCGGAUUGUAUCAGACCUUUGGAACGCACCACGAUGUCAACAACCCACCGGUCGAGUGGGUCGAGGGCGUGGCAAUUAUCGUUGCCAUUGUGAUUGUUGUGAUGGUCGGUUCUCUGAACGACUUCCAAAAGGAGAGGCAAUUCGCAAAAUUGAACAAGAAGAAGCAGGAUCGGAUCGUCAAGGUGGUCAGAUCCGGAAAGACGAUUGAACUCAGUGUUUUUGACAUCCUCGUUGGAGACGUACUCCAUCUCGAGCCUGGCGACAUGAUCCCUGUCGACGGCAUCCUGAUUGAGGGCUUCAAUGUGAAAUGUGACGAAUCCCAGGCGACCGGAGAAUCAGACGUCAUCCGGAAGAGGCCAGCAGAUGAGGUCUACGCUGCCAUCGAGAACGGCGAGAGCCUCGCUAAGAUGGACCCCUUCAUUCAGUCUGGUGCUCGCGUCAUGGAAGGUGUUGGAACUUUUAUGGCCACCUCUGUCGGUAUCCACUCUAGCUACGGCAAGACUCUCAUGGCUCUCAACGAUGACCCUGAGAUGACUCCACUUCAGUCGAAGCUGAACGUUAUUGCCGAGUAUAUUGCGAAGCUUGGAGGCGCCGCGGGUCUGCUGCUGUUCAUCGUCUUGUUCAUCGAAUUCCUCGUCAAGCUGAAGGGCCAGGGCAAUCUGACGCCCACCGAAAAGGGCCAAAACUUCCUGGAAAUUUUCAUCGUCGUUGUUACUAUCAUCGUCGUCGCCGUGCCCGAAGGCCUUCCACUGGCAGUGACGCUCGCUCUCGCUUUCGCAACAACCCGUAUGUUGAAGGACAACAAUCUGGUACGACACUUGAAGGCCUGCGAGGUCAUGGGCAAUGCCAGCACGAUCUGCUCCGACAAAACCGGAACUCUCACGCAAAACAAGAUGCAGGUCGUCGCGGGCACAAUCAGCACAUCCCAUAGGUUUGGUGGUGCGCCGCCCAGAGAAGGACACGAGCCUGUGCCAUCUGGCACCCUGGACGUCAGUGCCUCGGAGCUUGUCAAGACGCUGAGCGCAGAGGUGAAGGAAUUGCUCAAGAACUCAAUCGCUCUCAACUCAACUGCCUUCGAGGGUGAGGUAGACGGACAAAUGACCUACAUUGGAUCCAAGACGGAAAUGGCAAUGCUCAUUUUCGCCAAGGAGCACCUAGGAAUGGGACCGGUAGCAGAGGAAAGGUCAAACGCCAAGAUCCUGCAACUCAUUCCCUUUGACUCCGGCCGCAAGUGCAUGGGCAUCGUGAUCCAGCUUCCCGACGGGCGGGCGAGACUGUAUGUCAAGGGUGCCUCCGAAAUCGUCCUGGCACAGUGUACCUCGAUGGUUCGUGACCCAUCAUCCGACUCUCGCACUGCUUCUCUCGGCCCAGAGCACAGGGAGACUAUCAUGAGCCUCAUCGAGCACUAUGCUACGCAGUCUUUGAGGACAAUUGGAAUUGUGUACAAGGACUUGGACAAGUGGCCACCACCAAGGGCACGACGCGCCGACGGCGAGAAAGAUGAGGUCCAAUUCGAAGCCAUUUUCAACAACAUGGUCUUCCUCGGCAUGGUCGGCAUCAAGGAUCCCCUGCGUGAAGGUGUUCGGGAAGCUGUCAAGGACUGCCAGAAAGCUGGCGUCGUCGUGCGCAUGGUUACUGGAGACAACAAGCUGACAGCUCAAGCCAUCGCCGAGGACUGCGGUAUCCUGCAGCCAGACUCCAUCAUCAUGGAAGGCCCCGAAUUCCGCAACUUGCCUCUGUCCGAACAGCAAGAUAUACUGUCACGACUUCACGUUCUGGCCCGGUCUAGCCCUGAAGACAAACGCACUCUGGUUGGUUUGCUGAAGAACAGGGGCGAAGUUGUUGCUGUCACCGGAGACGGUACCAACGACGCACCAGCCCUGAGACUAGCUGACGUCGGCUUCUCAAUGGGAAUCGCCGGUACUGAGGUCGCCAAAGAAGCCUCCGCGAUUAUUCUCAUGGAUGACAACUUCAGUUCUAUUGUCAAGGCUCUGAAGUGGGGCCGCGCUGUCAAUGAUGCUGUCAAGCGCUUCCUGCAAUUCCAGCUGACCGUCAACAUCACCGCUGUCGUCCUGACCUUUGUCUCGGCCGUUUCUAGCAACGACGAGAGCAGUGUUUUGACGGCUGUGCAGCUGCUCUGGGUUAACUUGAUUAUGGACACACUCGCUGCCUUGGCUCUGGCCACUGAUCCUCCACAGGACAGUGUUUUGAACCGCAAGCCUGAGAGGAGGAACAAGUCAAUCAUUUCUACAACAAUGUGGAAGAUGAUACUCGGCCAGGCCAUUUACCAGCUCGUCAUCACGUUCCUCAUCUACUUUGGCCGUAACUCGGUCAUCCCCGGCGAUGAUGCCACCGACGCGCAAAUCCAAACACUGGUUUUCAACACAUUCGUGUGGAUGCAAAUCUUCAACCAGUGGAAUAACCGUCGUCUGGACAACCAAUUCAACAUCUUCGAGGGCCUCUUCAAGAACUGGUUCUUCAUCGGCAUUAGUAUUAUCAUGUGCGGCGGACAGAUCCUGAUCAUCUUUGUUGGCGGCAAGGCGUUCAACAUUGCUUCCGAAGGACAGUCCGCCAGCAUGUGGGGAACCGCCAUCGUCCUAGGCUUCAUUUCGAUCCCUAUCGGUAUCGUCGUCCGACUCGUUCCUGACUCACUACUCGAGAAACUCGUGCCAGAGGCCAUCAAGCGCAGGGCUCAAACCAAGACCCCAGAUGUCACUGUCUCUGACGAUGUGGAACGUUUCCAGAACUUCCCGGCCGAGUUUGCCGAGAUCCGUGACGAGCUCUUCUGGCUGAAGCGGUUCAAGGGCGGACGUGUUAACAAUCUAAAAUUCGCCAUGAAGCACCCGAAGGAGGUCUUCUUGCCCAAGAGGAGCAUGUCGCGACAGAACUCAAAGCAAAACUCACGUUCCAACUCCAUCAAGCAGCCGCACACCCCGACUCGGGAGAAUAGCUUCGGCUCGGGCGGCGGCGGCAGCAACGUCGGCAGCAACGUCGGCAGCAAUGUCGGCAGCACGACGCCGGACUCUAGGAACAGGUCCAGGUCGAUGCGGUCCAGGUCCAGGUCUAAUUCUGUCCUGGGCGCGGCCACCCUGAUGACGGGUAUCGUGGCAGGCAGUGUCGGCGCGGCGGGUUGGUCUCCGAUCGACCGCGCUGGCGGAGACUGGCAACAGUUCCCGCAGACGAAGCCGGCGCCCUCGCCGCUCGGUGCAUCAUCUACGAAAGGAGACGACAAGGAAGAGGGCGGCAGCGCCUCAUGA